AACAUUACUAUCUACAACACUAGUGAGAAGCUAAACAAGAGAGAAUGUAAUCAGAAAUAUAAUUAAAUGCAUAAACAACAUUAGUCAGCAAGCACUACAAGAUAGAGACAGAGGGAAAGUGGAAUGCUUUCUCGAAACCUGAAGAUUCCAUAUAGAAAGAAGAAGAAGAGCUUCUCACUUUACCCAUUUUAAUCAGAGAAGAGACCAAAUUUCCAUUUACUUAAAGCUAUGUCGAUGUUCAAAGCCUUGUCCUUUUUGUUCGUUAUGUUGUGCUUCAAGAUUCAUGGAACCAUGGCUACAGAUGGGAACUCCUCGUUUUGGUUUGAUGGGUUUGCAAAGUCUCCGAGCUUUUACAAGAACGUUGCUUUGUUUGGAGAUUCGAAGCUGGUCAGUGACAUUUCUUCGAUCCAACUAACUAACUCAGUGAGUGGAAGCGUGGGACGAGUCGUUUACAGGAAGCCCAUCAAGCUUUUCCAAGGUAGAGAGAGGAACUUGUUAUCUUUCUCGAGUCACUUCUCGUUCUCGAUGCCUAAUGAGGUUGGUGACGUCAUGGCUUUUGUAAUGGUUCCAACUAGUUUGGAUCCUAGUCUCUUCGGCAAGAAAGGUAACAGUUCCUCUGCUUUAGAGUUUCUGUUUCAGUACGCAAAGAAAGAGACGGUUGUAGGUUUUGAGUUUGAUAUUUCCAACAGAGGAAACCUUGCAAGGAUCUUGAUAGGUAGACCUGAAUCUUCCGAAACUAGAAACCUUUCCUUUGAGGGUGACUUGGUGAUGACGGACAAUGGAGGGACGUUGAGCUGUAUGGUUGAGUAUGAAGCACUUUCCAAGAGAAUGAUGGUUCGGUUCAGAAAGUCAGGUUCGAUAAAGUUGUUGGAUCCGUUCUUCUCUUUCUCGGUGGACUUGGGGGAGCUGUGGAGUAAUGGUGAGUUCGUGGUGGGUUUAAGCUCUGCAAACGGGAACUCUUCAAAGGUACAUUUCCUCCAUUCAUGGAGCUUUGAAAUAAGGCAUUCUCCUCCGGUGUGGACGAGUUCAUUGCCGCUUGAACCGAAUCAAGCUUUGGAGGCUGACGUUUCCACGGAGGAAGAAGAAGGUGUUGAGAGAAGUGAGUGCAUAUGGCGGAUGCUUGGUGUUUUGGUCUUGGGUGCAGUAUGUGGAGCGUUAGGGGUGCUACUGGCUUUGUAUCUGUGGAUAAUAUGUGGUCUGAGGCGGUCAAUGGCGGUGGUACCAGAGGAAUGUCAUGUGAAAAGGAUGAGUGUUGCGGUGGAUGCUGUUGAAGAAGGUAAGAAGUAGUGAAGGACUUUUGGUUUGGUUUUAGAAGCUUGUCUUGUGCUGUAGUGUAAGUGUAAGUGUAUGGUCUUUCUUCCGUGUGGACUUGAUCAGUAAAAUCACUAUGAAAAGAAGGCAUAAGCUUACUGAUCUUGCGAAAAUCAACUGAUUCAUGUUGUUCUACAUCCUUUAUUAUUUACACUGCCACAAACGUAACAUGUCA